AUGGGUAAUGCUAAAAAGGAAAAAACCCGCGUUGCCCGUCAGGGCAACGCGGGUGACGGCAUGGCAAACGUCAAGGUGAAGGGCGAGAACUUCUAUCGCUCGGCGAAGCAGGUCAAGACCAUGAACAUCUUGAAAGAGGGCAAGCCAAUACGCAAUUCCAAGGGGAAGAUCGUACAAGCGGCGUCCUAUCAGUCGAGAGAUCUCCCCACUGCUGUCAUUGAACCAAACCGACGAUGGUUCCAGAACACUCGCGUCAUCUCACAGGAUACGUUGAAGUCGUUUCGCGAGGCAAUGGCUGAGAAGGACAAAGAUCCAUACCAAGUCCUUCUCAAGAGCAAUAAACUUCCGAUGUCUUUGAUCCGCGAUGGCCAAGAAACCAACGGGCUCAAGCAGCAUGAGGCGAAAAUCACUAUUGAGAGUUCUCCCUUUGCGGAAGUGUUCGGCCCAAAGGCGUCGAGGAAAAGGGUGAAGUUGAAUGUCUCGAGCAUUGCAGAUUUAGCCGACGAUGCAGGGAAGAGUCUGGAGAGGUAUCACGAUCGGCAAGAAGAGUUGAAGCUUCUCAGCGGCAAUUCUGGUGUUGAUGCGGACGGUACCGAAGCAGCUCCAGCAGAGGAAGACUUUUCUAUCUCGCUUGCCAAGGAGCCCAUUUUCAGCAAGGGCCAGAGCAAACGUAUCUGGAACGAACUAUACAAAGUUAUUGAUUCUUCAGACGUUAUUCUCCACGUCCUUGAUGCGAGAGACCCAUUAGGAACGAGGUGUCGAAGUGUGGAAAAGUACCUGCGAGAGGAAGCUCCCCACAAACACAUGGUUUUUGUCCUGAACAAAACGGAUCUCGUCCCCACGAGCGUAGCAGCAAACUGGGUCCGAACACUGAGAAAAGAGUAUCCAACAUGCGCUUUCAAAGCAAAUGUCCAGAACUCGUUUGGAAAGGGUAGCGUUAUUCAGCUCCUGAAACAGUUCAGCAUAUUGCACAAGGACAGGAAGCAGAUCUCGGUUGGGCUUGUCGGCUACCCGAACGUGGGCAAGAGUUCUAUCAUCAACACCCUCAGGGGCAAGGUCGUCUGUCCCACCGCCCCUAUUCCGGGAGAGACAAAAGUCUGGCGCUACGUGACUUUGAUCAAGCGGAUUUAUUUGAUCGAUGCUCCCGGCAUUGUGCCGCCGAACCAGCAGGAUACACCGGAAGAUAUCCUCCUCCGUGGUGUGGUGAGGGUGGAGAAUGUCUCCAACCCGGAACAGUAUAUUCCUGCUGUGCUGAAGAAGUGCAAGCGGCAUCACGUGGAGCGGACAUAUGAACUUACAGACUGGGAGACUCACAUCCAGUUUCUCGAGCUGCUGGCUAGAAAGGGUGGGCGGUUGCUAAAGGGUGGAGAACCGGAUCUCGACGCGGUUGCAAAAAUGGUACUCAACGAUUUCAUGAGAGGCAAAAUCCCCUGGUUUACUCCUCCUCCGCCUGUGAUCGAAGGGGACGAAGCGGAGGCUCCUAGCGACCGGACUGGCCGACUUGGCGAGAUGCCAAGGAAACGGAAGAGAGAAGAGACAGGCAGUGUCUCUGGAACAUCAAUGGGCGUUCCCACGACGGUCAACGAAGAAGACGAGGAGUCAUCGGAUGACGAUGACUUUGAGGGUUUUGAGAGUGACAGUGAGUCGGACGCUCCGGUUGAAGGGGUGGACAAGGCGGCCAGCGAGAAGAAAGGGGCAGAAGACAUGAUCCCAUUGGAUCUGACGAGUGACGAGGAGGCCGAUGAGGAUGAUCCUUCAAGUGAUGACGCAUCAGAUGACGGCAAAGGCACUUCCACCGUUGGUGGCGUAGCCAGCGGAGUCUCUGAAGAGGACGGCGAGGACAAUGAGGACCAACGGAAAAUUUCGCCGAACACGAAGCGCCGUAAAGCUGGCCGAUGA